CCUACCACGCAUGAAAUGAAGACCUUUGCGCUACUACUUGCAGUUGAACAGAGGCAAAAUGAGCUCAUUACCACACAAGCUCCAUGGGAACCCUCCGAAGAAUUGAUUGUCAACAUCAGAAACUAUAGCAUGGGCGUUCUACUCUCCAGCCGUCUCGCAACAUACAAAGGCAUUGUGCCUAACAACUAUGUCGCAGGGAUCAUUAAACGCUAUCGGUUUGACUUGCCGGCAAACAUCGAGCAAAACUGUGGCCGCUGGGGCAAGGUGACCAAAGCUAUACAGAACGAAAUGACAGAGCAAAGGUCAAAAAUUAAGAAGACGGUCAGUCUAUAUCUUAACGAGGAGCAUCUCAAUAUCUUCAAGCUUACUACCGAACUCUGUGAGGGCACGUCGUGCGAGCCGUCACGCAAGACAUUCUUGACAAAUCCCGGUCGUGACUUCUGGGACGCAGUAAAUACAAACCUUGCCGAGAUUUGUGAAGUGUCCGGUACCAACCCAAAGAAGAUGACGAAGAUUUUUAGCAAGAUUUUGGCCCAUGACCAGGAUACUCACGGCGUAGUUGAGCACGGUGACAAGAGUGCUAUUGAGAAGGAGGUUCCGGAGUGGCAGCAGACUAUCGAUGAGUUUGUUGGCAGUCAAUUGUAG